AUGGACUUACCAAAAUUGCCAAGGACGUUUCUCCCCGCAAUUGGAACGCGUCCCUUGCCACCUCCAGACACUACAGCUAAGGCGUGUUAUCCCCCUCCCCCUCCCCCUCCCCCUCCCCCUCUCCCUCCCCGCCUCCUCUGCGUCCUACACGCCUUCUUGCAGCCGCAGCGCACGUCAGAGGUCAGGCUCGUUGCUCGGGCUUGGCGAGGACGGCGGACGCACAUGUGGUUUACCAGAGUGCUCUCGUCGACCACUUUUCUCGGCGCCAUCAUCUUCACCAUCCCGCUGGCCUUUGACAUUGGUGGGCGAACCUGUGGCCUAGCCUUUUCCCUGUCUCUGAGCGUCUACUACUUCCUCUUCUCCACCCUCCGACUCGCAACACCAGACACGUCGAGAGUCCGAUGGGCUCUAGGCAACGUGGUAGCUUGGGCGCAGUGGUUGGCCAUACCGACGCUCUUGAUUUGGAGUCUGAACAAGUUCUCCAUUGACGCGACCAACAACGCUGGCUGGGCGGAGCAGACGUUUGGGGGUAGCAGAUCCGAGUUCACGAGCGCCCAUGACUGGAUCUUUGGCAGUCAGGGCCUACUGCAGCGCGCGUCGAUUGGUGCAUGGGACAAGACGUUGAGAUACAGCACUCCCGCCUUCCAGCUUGCCGAGGGCUUUUGCAGUUUGUUGGUCAUUCAAGCCGCGGGGCAGAUUACCAGAUGGGUGGUGAAUAAGGAACAGGGAGAUGCCUGGAUGAUUGGUCUUCUCUUCACCUCUGCGUCCGUCAUUUCGACCUCUUUCUACUUCCUCUGGCGUAUCACCACAUUCCCUGCGAUCAGCAAUGUCGAUGCCAUCUUGAUUGGCGUGGCCAUCACAACGGCCGUCUUCCUCGGUGCAUGGGGCAUCGUCAGCGCAAGGGGCAAUCCGGUCGAGUCGUCGCUCCUCUUUGCCUAUGUGACACUCUGCAUCUACCAGAUCUUCACCGAUUACCAGCCCUCGCCCGGGUCAAUCGCUGCAGCCAACGCAUCCUCUGAUCCUGCACUCCCUCCUCUACCACCUAUCAUCAUGGCCUCAUAUACGACCUUGCUACACGCCAUGGGGUCGCUUCCGACAAUAGCUCACACUUGCUUCAAUCUCAUGGUUGGGGCCAUCAUGACCAUUACACCCUCUGUCAUCAUCUCGCUCGCAUACCGCGUUUUUGUCAUGUACGCCGCAGCACGUAUCAUUCCAGCGAUUAGGGAAAGUGGUGCUCGGGCCCUGUCGCAAGAACCCAGCCUGGACGAUGAUGACGAGACUAGCAAGAUUCUCGGUUUCUUGACGUGGUUCAGCCCCAGUAUCAUCAUCGCAGUGUACACGAGCCUACUUAUGCAGCACUUUGCCAAUGGCAAUGGAACGGAUGGAAGUGCAGUGAAUGGCGAGUGGUGGACGAGCCAGGGAGGCGAUGCGGGUGGGAAUCUGUGGAGGUGGAUCAAUCUGGCCAUCACCAUGGGCUUGUACGCCAUUGAGCUCAACAUUUCGAGUGCUGACAAUGAUGGCCGGCUGACAAGCCACUGGAAGACUGACUGA